AUCAGCGUCCCUGACCUUGAUGUCACCUAGUCCUUACAAAAUCCCCAAGAUAUAAAAAGAGGGUGAUCACAGACUCAAAGUCACAGACACUACUGCUGCACGUACUCCUACUACUACUACUACUACAGCCGCUACUACUGCGAGACAGGCUGCUCUUCAAGGAUGAGGGCUGCCAUCUCACUACUGGUGCUGCUGUUCUCCAUGUGUGGAGUUCAGACUCGUAGCACCCAGACUGAGGUCAAGACAGAGAGCCAGAGCACUGGGGCUGCUGCUGCUACUGCUGAAGUCUCUACUCAGCUGGAUGUCUCUGCUGAGCUGAAGGAACUCAGAGACAUUGUGGUGGUGCUUAGAGCGAUGCUAAGAUACACCCAGGAUGAGGUUAAGGUAUUGAAAUCUGACAGUGCAGCAGUGAAGACCAGACUGGCUGUCGGUGAGACUGAAGUGACACACCUGAAAACGGCAAACGGGGAACUGAAGACCAGACUGGAUGGCACUGAACCUGAAGUGGAAUACCUAAAGGCAGCAAACAAAGAUGCUGUAACUGAACUAGUGGUGCAUGAGUAGGAGCUGGCUGCUCUGAAGAAGGAAAAUGGGGAACUCAAGACUCGAUUGGCAGCUAGUGAGGCUGAAGUGGAAUACCUGAAGAUGGACAGUGCAGCGCAUGAGCAGGAGCUGGCUGCUCUGAAGACCAGGCUGGCAGCCACUGAGUCUGCCAUACAGGACCUAAAUACGGCCAAUGAAGUCACUGUGACUGAAGUCAAGCACCUGCAGAUGGACAGUGCAGCACAUGAGCAGGAGCUGGCUGCUCUGAAGACCGGAUUGGCUGCCACCGAGACUGCAGUGGAGAAUCUGGAGAAUGAGAUCAAAUCGGCACCCAAGGUGGCAUUUUCAGCAGGUUUGGGCUCAGGAGGAUACCUUAACGCUGGGAAUAAAGAUCUGAACUUGGUUUUCCGUAACGUCAUCACUAAUGUCGGACAGGCCUACAGCAGCACAAGUGGCUUCUUCACAGUUCCAGUCAGGGGCGUCUACUACUUCAGGUUCACUGUUAUGGAUUAUCUAUCCUCACAUCACAUGGAGAUCAAGAUGGAUAAAAAUGGACAUGAGCUCAUGUGGCUGUGGGAGUAUGACACUAAUGGACAAGCUGCCCAUCUGUCCAGUGGCCUGACUCUACAGCUGGAGAAGGGAGAUGCAGUAAACCUGAGGAUACCUGCAAACAGGAGACUCUAUGAUACUGUUAAUGACUGCACUUUCAGUGGCAUCCUGCUCUUCCCUCUCUGAACACCAGAAGAUGCCCAUGACCACUCACCAUUCAUCUUGUUGAUUAUUUGUGCAACUAAUGAUGAAUCAUUGUCCUGAUCAAAUAAAUUUCUCUUUAAC